AUGAUGCACGCCAGUGGUCGUCCCGCAACUCGGCCGCGACCUCCAGCUCGACGCAAAUCAUCUCAGUCACCUCAGCCUUUGGACGUCAGUGCUCAAGCUCAUAUCAAGGCCCAUGAUGUUGCUCCAUUUCCCCGCUCAGCACUGUCCGAUGUCACCAACUCCGCGUCCACAGACACUGCGCAUACAGUCACAGCGGAAGACCAUGUCGCUGCCAUCACUCAACACGGUGAGGGUGCCGAAAGUCAUCGAUGCAACUCCCAAACGCUCUCGCCAUCAUCUAGCGCCAGCGAGCUCGACCAUGCUCGUCUUGAGGGUCUUGAGCGCCACGAGCUCGAGCAAAUGCUGAUCGAAGCAAGUCGCAAGAUGCGCGAGAGGGAGGCCAAAUUGGUCUUCGCGGCCAGCAUUGGCAAAGCGUUGCUCGAAAAGAACAUGUCGCUUCGGAGCGGUAUCGAGACAAGCAUAGCUUCCAGCUCCAGCCUCUAUGGUCUGUCUGAUAUCGAAUCCAUCAUUCAUGACUUUUCGACUCAUCAACGUGCAUCUUCCCAGAACACUUUCGACGGUGCCGCCCGUCACAGAGAAUCCUCUUCGCCUCGACCCAUGUACUCGCCUCCCACCACCGACGUCGACGUCCACUCUCUUCCCGAUCUUUCGCCAUCCAGAGCCGCGUCAGAUACCACACCACUCGCUCACCCCACUCCUCUUCCCGCCAUCGAGUCCGACUACUUCAGCAGACCAUCUCACCAGGCAAAAACUCGAUUCGACGCCAACGCAGCCUUUGCCGCAGAAACCUCGACUACAUACAACGACAGGUCCAUCUGGAUCCCCAGUGACGCCGGCCUCAUAGCAUCCCAACCUUGCUCUCCCAGCGCUUCCAUCUCCAGCUACGCUUCUCACGCCCUCCUUUCGCCUCAAGACGCAGAAUGGCGCAUCCCUUCGAGCAGAGUUACCCCCGGAAGCCGCCACAGAUCGCGCCCUUCACUCCUGCAGAUCCAAGCAUUGGAAGCGCAGAGGCAGCUUGCGUCCCUUGGCGAACAGAACGAUGUCCUGCAUCAGCAAAUCUCUGAGCUCCAGCACGAAGCCGAAAACGCUCGUUUCGAAGGGAGCAAAAGGCUCAGCCGACUCAAUCGGGAGCUCCGUGGGCUCAAAGCGGAGCUCGAGGCCGCAACUCGCCGCAAUGUCGAGCUCGAAUCCGAUCGAUCCGUCCCACGCCCGUCUCCAGUCACGAGAUCCCCGGCGAAGGGCAUUGCUGUCGGAAGCCGUCAUCCUCAUUCCCAUCUGACCUUUCGCAAGGCAUCCUGUCAAGAAUCAGCUCUGUCGUCUCCUGCAUCUUCGAAAUCGACAGGAGAGCCCGAGCCAGCUCGACUUCGUCAUGGUCUCAUUCCGUCCACAUCCAAGCUCGAGGACAUGGUACGCUCUGUACAUGCCGCAGAUGGCGAAAGCGCACUCCUUGCCCAACUACUCGCCAAGAUCAGGGAGCUCGAGGAAACUAACUCUGCCAUGGCCAAAGCAGAGGAGGACUUUGGCAGCAGAAUGGGGCGAGCGAUGCAGGAAGACGAGCGACUUCGCGACGCCUUCAACACGGUGGGUCAAGAUCUCGCUGUUACCACCGCAGAAACCGUUGCCGAGACGAGCCCGGAAAAGAUGCAAAAGGCUUCCGAGCUGGCCUUGAUCACACCAUCCCAUUCCCUACAGAGUCUCGACUCGAUUGCCUCCGCUGAAGUGGGUAGCCCUUCGUCACCUUUGUCACCGAGCCAAAGGCGCAGGGCGCCAGGGAAUCGUCAUGUCAUUGAACAGCGCAAGACCGUCCGCAGCGCUUUGCGUCGUGCCAAGAAGGAGCUAGCUGCUGACAUCUGGGGUUUCAAAGGCGAAUCAGCUCACGUCACUCCAGAUAUUUCGCGUUCAUCCACCGAGGCAUCACUUGGCACUUAUUCCGUCGAUCUGAGCGCAAGCAGCAGCGCCUCCUCGUCGCCGCAACCCGCACGUAUCAACAGGAAGGCUUCCUCCAGCUCACUAGCGCUUGGUAUUGCCGUGAGACCUCGCAUUCGCAUUACCCCGUCCAUCGAAGACCUUGGUCAAAGGAGGAAGACGCACGAGCAGAUCGUAGCCGGUCCAGAGCAGGAAUGCCCAUCUUCGCCUGGAGAUUGGCAGGAUGUCACGAGCCCAACGCUACCCAACGCACCUCAAACCUCAUCCCUCAGCCCAAGAGAUGCCAUGAAAGCCUCCUUCGCGCACUUGAAGGUCGGGCCUCGACUUGGCCGAGCACAUCAUGGCGGUCCGAACAGAGAGAUGGACAAAAGCAAUCGACUAGCCGACGCAGCGCCGACGUCAUCGCCUUCGCUCUUCCAGCAAACCGCAUUCCGGCCCACCGCCCGCGUUCGCAGAUCUAGAUCGAGGUCAUCCUCCUUCGGCUCACACUUUCAAGUUAGGCAAACGCCCGUGUCUGUUCAACAGAGUCCCGAUCCCUUCGCAAGCCCUUCUCCCGCUUGGCACCGACCCGGCUUGGCUCGCAGUCCUUCGUCUAACUCUUCGCACCGUGGCAGGACAUUGGGAAGCGAGCUCGGCAGCAUCUUUGGUGGUGAUGACCGCAAGCACGACUUUGACGAUGAUCUCCCGCAGCACCGCAGGCUCGUGGCGAAUCAGACAGAUUCUAACCUGAACAUGCGAUCUCUGGUGCUGCAUCGUGCCGGCAGCAUGUCAGCGCUUGAUUUGCGAUCCAACGUCAAGAAUGCUGUCGUCUCGGAUCGUCCCACUGCCAAUGUCGGUCGAUUAGUCCCACAGAGCGACGAGGAGCAACACGACGAUCUCGAAUGCGUAUUGACUCAACCUGUGUAUGGUCAGAUCGAGGACGAUUUUUCACAAGAGUCUCCCCUUCGCCCGCGCGACGCAGCGCUACUUGUCCGUAUCGAGGCCGAGGAGGAUGGCAUGUGGCUGGCCGAUCAACCCAUCAUCGAAUCUGGUGGCCUUCCAGACAAAGACGAGCCUCGAAGCGCUCAAUUCGACCUCAUCAAUGCGGCUGUUGAGCAUCAAGCGGUAGCAUGGGCAGAUGACGACGACUACGGUCGCACCAUCAGCCAGCGCGAGGCCGUCAAGCUUGGGCUGCUCGCAUACAAGUCAUCGGUCUGGGCAGCCCGCAGCAUGCGAACGCUCACAGCAAGAUCGAAGUCAGAUCGCACAAAUGCCGACCUCGCCAAAGCCUCGAAUGUGGCAGGAGUCAAGAAGCUGCCCUUUCGACUCGAAAUUGAAUCGUCGGAGCAAGUGGAGGAUCGUCUUCGGAUCGAGUCGAUACUACGCAGAAGACGGCAAGAAUUGCUGCAUGAACGUGGAUUUGUAGACGAUUGGGAGGACGAAGCCGACGUUCAGAAGCAAGAAGCUGAGCUCGUCGCCACGUAUGCGCCGAGCCCACAGCGGUUGCAAGAAAGGAGGUUGAAAGCUUUGGCCGGGCACGAUUCGUCCCUCUCGCCAGGAAAGUCGUCUCCUACGAAAUCGGAUCCUCGCCGUUCCACACAACAGUGGGUGCGCGAUCUCGUGCAUACCUCGCCCUCGAGAAGAGGUGGCCACAACAACGAGGACGAGGAACAAGACAUGCUCAGUCUCAACUACGUUGGAACAGAGGAAGCCGAUUUUGAACUGCUCGACUGCCCCUCUUGGAAGAGGCAAGGCGGGCGUGGCACCGACUACUUUCCCACCUCAUUCCGCGCACGCUACCGUCCCGCCAUGGUCAAGCAGAGAGUCGCCCACGCAUCGCAGGUCACCCUCGGGUGGGUCGAGGAGUGGGUGCAAUUUGCAUUUGUUGUCUUCCUCGCCUUUGUCGUGAUGGUCGAACAAGGUCCGGAUCGCGGCGCAAGACGUGGCAGGAGAGCUACCAAUACCCCUCAACUUCUUCUCAACAAGUCAGAAUGA